UUUAACUCUCCUAAUUUUUUUAACCUUUCCUUCCAGAGUUUUACAUUCUCGCUCUACUCAAGGGUUUCCACACAUUUCCAAACCCACAUUCUCGUUUUUGUUCAGAAUGCUCUGUCAAGCUCGAUUUGAAUUCAUCAAAUCAGCAUUCAUCUUCUCAUCUCCGUCCAAGAGAGAUGUUUGCUCUAGUCCUUUCAUUGGCCUUCUCCUCACUGCAUUAAGAAGCAGAAAGGCUAGGUCAUGGCGCUAUGGUUGUGUAGCAGACUAUUUAUCUCUUCUUUCUGGGAUGAGAUUGGGGAGAGUGACAAUGAUAGAGACAACAUGCUUCUUCAACUGGAGCAAGAAUGCUUGGAUAUUUAUCACAGGAGAGUUAAGGAGACGAGGAAGCACAAGGCUGACAUAUAUUAAUGGGUGGCAGAUGCUGAAGCUCAAGCAACUAAUAUUGUUUCUUCCCUUAGGGAAUCUACAAUGCUCCCACGAGGAAAAGGAUCCUUGAAGCAGCA